AGUUAUCGGUCACACCUACGAGAUCAGAAUCAGUAGCGGUAAUUGAUGUCUCUAUUCUUUAUCAGCGAGGAGCUGAAAAUGUAGCAACCCCCAUCAUUGUCCAUGCUGCCAAUUGUGUACACAUGUUGUCUGCAGUCCCUUCGGAAUAUUGUGG